ACACGAGUGCCCAACCUGGCAACACCUGCGUUUGAAGUGCAGGGUUAUAUACACAGGCUAUAUAAGAUGAAAUAAGUUAUAGCACUUUCAACAAAUUCUGCUCUACUUUCCGCUAUUCUGCACCGUCUGCACACUCAAACUUCCUCCCAUCAUCUUCUCAAAAUAAAUCAAUAAAACACUUCCUCCCAUCAUUUUCUCUUUUCCUCUCAAGUCUAUAACUUUCACAGUUGUGUGCCCACAUUGUCUUGUAGCUGAGAGUGAGAGAGAGAGAGAGAGAGAGCCUCCCACUCCUCACCCCUCACCCAUCACAGUGCCGUUUUCACAAAAGGGUCCCCAUAUUUGAAUUUUUUUUUGCAAUUUGCAUUUUAAUAACGCAUCAAACUUGCUCCAGUUACACCUUUACUCUUUUUUAAUAUUCUCUUUAGAUAGGUCUCUCAUUGUUCACCACCAAUCAUUGCUCUCAUUUUUUCUCUGCUACACAUCCAUGGACCUCUGUAGAUUUCACUACUGCUUGUCAAGACUCAUUUUCAUCUCAGGCAUUGUGUUUCCUGUAAUGGUUGCUUCAAUUGGAGUAAACUAUGGUCAAAUUGCAAACAAUCUACCAUUACCAGAAAACGUAGUACCUCUAGUGAAAUCAAUUGGUGCCACCAAAGUCAAGCUCUACGAUGCAGAUCCAAGAGUUCUCCAAGCGUUUGCUAACACUGAUGUGGAAUUCAUGGUGGGUUUGGGCAAUGACUUGUUGGCCAAAAUGAAAGAUGUAGACAAAGCUCAAACUUGGGUCAAGAGCAACGUCCAAGCCCACCUCCCAGCUACCAAAAUCACUUCCAUUUUUGUUGGUAAUGAAGUCUUAACCUUCAAUGAUACCACUCUCACUGGUUGUCUUGUCCCUGCAAUGCAAAGCGUACACACUGCACUUGUUAAUCUUGGGCUGGACAAGCAAGUUAGUGUCACUACUGCUCACUCCUUAGCUAUUCUUGAAACCUCAUAUCCUCCCUCUUCCGGAGCUUUUCGACGCGAUUUGACCAGCUGCAUAACCCCGAUCUUGAACUUCCAUGCCAAAACAGGUUCACCAUUCCUCAUCAACGCAUACCCAUACUUCGCAUACAAGGCAAGCCCAAAACAAGUGUCAUUGGACUUUGUUCUGUUCCAACAAAACCAAGGAACUAUAGAUCCAUCAACAAAUCUCCACUAUGACAACAUGUUGUUUGCACAAAUAGACGCAGUUUAUGCAGCACUAGCUGCCCUGGGUUACAAGAAACUACCCGUUCACAUUUCGGAGACAGGUUGGCCAUCCAAAGGUGAUGAAGACGAGGCUGGUGCAACCCCAGACAACGCAAAGAAGUACAAUGGGAAUUUGAUGAAGCUUAUGAGCCAAAAGAAAGGGACACCUAUGAAACCUGACUCAGACCUCAACAUUUAUGUGUUUGCUAUGUUCAACGAGAAUAUGAAGCCCGGUCCAACUUCAGAAAGGAAUUACGGGUUAUUUAAGCCUGAUGGAACACCUGUGUACUCGCUUGGAAUUGCCUUAAGCAACAGUACAUUUAGUAACACUACAAGUUUCGGUGGUUCUAGUGGGAGUUCUGACACGCCAACCUCGUCACAAGGCAGUUCUUCCACCGGUUAUUUGACCAUUUCGUCUGCUACUACGAAAAGAUACCCAUUGGUUGGCCCAGUAUCCUUUUUCUUUAUGUUUAUGAUCAAAUUGUUGCUGUAAAGUUUGAUUAGCUGAGCGUCAGAAAAUAUCCAUCUACUGUUAAAAGCAAUGGAGAGGAGAGAGUAAAAGAGAAUAAAGAGGCAGCUUCAGAGUCAAGAAAAGGAAGAUAUUUCAGUGUCGCAAUAAUUUUAAAGGGCGUUAGGUUUGUGGAUGAAGAGUUCGAUAGUUUAAAAGAGGUGGACCCACAAUUCUAUUAGUGUAGUUUAGAUUUAUCAAUUUGUUUUUUGUUGUAUCUCCUUUUUCAUCGCUGUGAACAGGGUGUUAUUAUCUUUUUUAUUAUUAUUAAUGUUAGAUCAAUUUGGUGUACAAUUAAACUUAAGUAGUGGGUAUUUUGGUUGGUCUAGAGCCACUUUCAGUGUGAACUUUCGUCAUGUUAUGAUUGAUUAAUCAUAACAAGAGCUGUUGAAACACAA